CGGGACAGGACAAGAUGGCGAAUGUAAAUCCGCUGGCUUGGCCGAAAGGCGUUAAACUGCUUUGUGAACUUUGCCAGCAGCCCGCCUUGGUCCAGUGUACCAAGUGUAUGGUCACCUACUACUGUGACACUGAUCACCAGAAGGCAGACUGGGAGAGCAUUCAUGAGAUUAUCUGUCAUUUACUGGUCCCACUGCGCACCCUCCCAGCCUUUCAGUGUUUAUCAGAUGAGAGGGAACAUCAGAGAGUUCAGCUACAGCAAAGACAGAAACAGCUUAUUGAAAUGACGCUUAACACUGCUCAGUUGAAGUUGUCCAAGGGGAAUCCAGGAGAAGCCCUCCCUGCGGCCAUUCACUGUCUUCGCUUUGCCACUGAGCUUUAUGGAAUCAGUACCAUUGAGUCCGUUCCCUCCUACCUGCUGCUUGCAGAGGUCAACCUUGGUCUGGGACGCCUGACACAGGCAGAAGAGUAUCUCACACAAUCCCAGUGGGUGAUCAUGAAGAACCCAGAAUGCAGCCACGUCUUGCAUCAGAAGCUUUGCCGCAGCUAUGGCCUACUGUGCUCUGUUAAGGGUGAUCUUGAAGAAGCAAUUCGAUAUUUGGCCAAUGAGGUUUAUUUUGCCAGUGAGGAGUUUGGUUGUAACAGCACUGCCGCAGCAGGAGGCUUCUACCGUAUGGCCAAUGUCUUCUCACAGCAAGGCAAAACAGACAUUGCAGAUUCAUUUUACACAGAGGUCAUUUCGAUAUGGCACACUCUCCUUAGCAAGAUGGUGAAAGUCUACAAUUCUGGUGUAGGUAGUCCAAAGUGGAGAACAUCACCCACCCCUGAUACUGAGGACAUCUCUCAUCAACUGGAUUUGUUUGAUGAGGCGCAGAGGGCUGAGGCAUCCCAAAUACUGAAUUCCAUCCUUGAUGUGCAAGAAAAGGCUACAAAGCAGGAACCAGACAAAAUAUGCCGAACGUUACACACCCUCGCCAUGCUGCACUACCUGAACACGGAUCUCAGCAAGGCUCAAGAUUUGUGCAGCAAAGCCCUGCUUGUCAGCCACCAGGUUCCCAACUUGGACUUAACCAGACAUAUUGAAAGUUUCAUGCAGCAGAUGCAGCUCAAACCUUCCUAGGCAUCUUGGCGGAUUGUCAGAGAGCCGAAUUACUUGUAUAUUUGUUUCCUAUCACCACGUGUUUCCUGCCUUCUUCAGCUUGUGGACAUUGGAACUAGACCCAUCUGAGAGGCUCCUUCCUGCUAGCUGGGUUCAUGUACUUGGGAUGGGCGGCCUCAUUGCUUCCGCUACAAAUUCAAUGUACUCUUUGUGGCAACAUCUGCAUGCCAGCUGCUUGGUCAAAGUGCUGCCCGUUUGCACUGAUCCUCGCGAGCCUUCUAGCGUAGAAUGAAGUAAGAGACCAUGUCCGCCUAAUUCAGGGAUCUUCUGGGGACUCAUUCUUUUAUCAUGCAUUUCACUCGCUGUAUGUAGCUGCUGUUGCUCUGUACACGGUACCAUGUAAAUGUAAUGAAGCCGUUUUAAUAAAGGACUGUUGCCUUCCACACACCA